UCGUACAACCAAUCACAGAGCGCUACGAUAAUACCAUGCUGCGUGAACUGCUGACGUCACUUCUGUGCGACCUGCCGGAUAGAAACGAGAAAGCAUAAUGAAAAACAUACGAAAUGAUACAUUUUGACAGCAUCUGAGUGUUUCUACUUCAUGAGUUAACCAGUGAGUCAACAUUUAAAUGGUAAAUGUAGCUAUCCUGACGUUAACGGUCAGUAGCAACAUAACGUUACGUAUGUUUAACUUUAGUCUCUCUAAGUAACGCUAGCAACAGCGUGUAGCUAACGUCACAAUAAAUCGUAGCAUUACUUACUGGUUAACGGAUAUUCUGACAGCCGUUUAGCAUUUUCUCCUGCCACAGCUUGUUUCUGACUACAGUAUGAGUAAUGGGUAUGGAGGUGGAGGUGGGAGAAGAGGCAGAAGAGGAGGUCGAGGAGGUCGAGGGUACAGAGAUGGGAGCAGAGAAAGAUGGGACAGAGGAGGUGGAGGAGGUCGAGGGUACAGAGAUGGGAGCAGAGAAAGAUGGGACAGAGGAGGUGGAGGAGGUUCAAGAGAACAGCAUUCUGACUUUGACCAGGACCGAGGAGGAGGAGGAGGAGGAGGAGGAGGAGGUGGACAACGGGACCGUCCCCCUCCACACCUGAAAGGACGGGAGAUUGGUCUGUGGUACGCAAGAUACGGAGCCGUGAGAAGGAAGCAGGCUGACCGGACAUCGCGGGCGGUGGUCCAGAUGGAUGCGGCCAGAGAGCAGCACAUUACCAAGCUGCUUAACUCUGUCCAAAAUGAUCAGCCUGGUCCAGCGAGAGACGGCCGGGAUGCAAGAGCCUCUACGUCUGACAGCUGGCGGGCAGCUGCCAAUAGUAGCGGUCAUUGCUACUUUGAUGGGGAUGUGUCUGAAGAGGAUAAACUGAAGAUUGAGUUCAAAUCUGAGGACGAGGAGGAAGAAGUUACUCCAGGCCAGAAGAAAACAACUCGUUGCUUCUCUUCACCUGCCGCUGAAGAUGAGCCUCCUGAUGCGUGGGAUAAAGAAGAGCAGCAGGAGAAAGAGGAGCAGGAGAAAGAGGAGAAAGAGAAACUGAGAAGGAAGGACAAGGACCUGGAGUUCUUAUAUCAGGAAGUAGUCAGAGACAGUUCACUGGACGAGCGCUUAAAGAGAGAUCUGCAGAGCAAGAAAUCAGAUGCAAAGUACAAAGAAAUGCUGAAAUUUAGGGAAAAACUACCAUCCUAUAAGAAAAAAGAGGAGCUGGUGCAGCUGAUCAACUCUAACCGUGUCCUGGUGGUGAGCGGAGAAACAGGCUGUGGAAAGACCACUCAGGUCACCCAGUUCAUCCUAGAUGACUACAUCAACAGAGGCGUGGGCUCAAUGUGUCGUGUGGUCUGCACGCAGCCUCGUCGCAUCAGUGCCAUCUCGGUAGCAGAGCGUGUGGCGGCAGAAAGGGCAGAAAGUGUCGGGAAUGGAAAUUCUUGUGGUUACCAAAUCCGCCUGCAGAGCCGGUUACCACGGAGACAAGGUUCGGUCCUGUACUGUACAACAGGCAUUAUUCUUCAGUGGCUUCGCUCGGACACAUUGUUGUCCAGCAUCAGCCACCUGGUGCUGGACGAGAUCCACGAGAGGAACCUGCAAUCUGACGUUUUGCUCGUCAUUGUGAAGGACAUACUCGCCCAUCGAGACGACCUCAAGAUCGUCCUCAUGAGCGCCACACUCAACGCAGAGAAGUUUUCGAAAUAUUUUGACAACUGUCCAAUAAUCCACAUCCCCGGUUUGACGUUCCCGGUGGAAGAGUUCCUCCUCGAGGACAUCGUGGAGAUGACGAGGUAUCGUCCCCAGAAUAAGAACAGUCGCCCCUCGUGGAAGAAAGGCUUUUUGCAGGGCCGCCAGUCCAGACCUGAGAAGGAGGAGAAGGAGGCUGAAUACAAGGAGAGCUGGCCUUGUUAUGCACGCUCACUGCAGGACAGAUACUCUGAGAACACCAUUGAGACACUAGAGGCUUUGGACAAUGAUGAGAAGAUUGACCUGCAGCUGAUCCUGGCACUGAUUCACCACAUUGUGCUCAAUGAUGAGGAAGGAGCCAUCUUGGUGUUCCUGCCUGGCUGGGACAACAUCAGCAGUCUCAAUGACCUGCUCACGGCUCAGCAGAUGUUCCGAUCAGACCGGUUCGUUAUCAUCCCUCUGCACUCCCUCAUGCCUACCGUUAAUCAGACGCAGUGCCAGGACUUGCUGGGCUGA